GAAGUUAGACUAAUCUCCCAAAAGUAAAAGUUGAAUACAGACUUGUUAUAACACCAAUAGAUAGUAGGACCUCCACUGCAUGUUUUCCAAAAAAUAAAAAUAAAAAAACAGAAGAAAAAAUUGUAUUUUGUAUAUAAACAAGACAGAUUUGGACAUCCCUUAAUCACCUUGUGGUGUAUCAACCAAUAUGAAGACUUACCUUCUGUUCCUCCUCUUAUGGUUUUCAUUGAAUUUGGCCAUAUCAAAUCAGACCCUCAACAACAGCAUAAUAACCAAGCCUGGCUGCCCAGCCAAGUGCGGGAACUUAACUGUUCCAUACCCGUUUGGCAUCGGUUUAGGUUCAGGGUGUUCCAUUGGACAACAGUUUGACAUGAACUGCAAUACAUCUUUCAAUCCUCCAAAAGCCUUUACCAGUGAAGGUAAUUUAGAGGUUAUUAACAUAUCAGACAGCAAAAUCCGGGUAAAAAACCGGGUAGCUUCCGAAUGCUAUAAUGAGUUUAGUGCUCUAAGCAAUCAAAGCACAGUUCGGUUCAAUCUAGAAACCACACCUUACAGCUUGUCAAAUGAAAAUGUGUUAACAGUUCUGGGAUGUGAUUACCGUUCCAUGGUAGAAAGUCAGGGGCGCGGACGUGGAUGUAAUGCAUUUUGCUCAUGUGAGACCUCCAUUCUGAAGGGUCUGAAGAGCUUUUUAAUUUCCUUGGACAGACGAUCUAAUCAAACAGAGGUCGUGUCUUUUAACAAAUGUGGCUAUUCCUUUCUCGGAGAGAAGGAUAGCUACUUAUUUCGCUUUAGAGAUCUCUCCGAUCCACAUAUCAUGGAGAAAAUUUCAGAGACUGUGCCAUUGGUAUUGGAUUGGGUGAUCGACAAUAAAAAUUGUACUGAAGCUCAACAGUCCAAUAAUUUUACUUGUCAAAGAAACAGUAUUUGUCUUAAUUCUGAUACAGGUCUGGGAUACCGCUGCAGUUGCCCUAGUGGAUUUGUGGGAAAUCCAUAUCUCAAGCCAGGCUGCCAAGAUAUCAAUGAAUGCGAGAGUAAUCCCUGUGAUGACGAGAACGAGAUUUGCAGUAAUACUCCUGGUGGUUACCACUGUUCUUGCCGGGAAGGUUACUUUGCUGGUGACAGAAAAUAUGGUGUUCGUGGCUUUGUUUGUUUGUUUCAAGAUGGUAUAUACCAUGAACGUAAGAUCGUUAUGCCAAUUGGAUACUUAUAAUAAUUUAGACACAACUUUUUUCGAUGA